CUCUACCAUCCGCCACCUACACACGCGUAGAGCCCCCUCGCUCAGCCUCCCGUGUGCCUCACCAGUGUGUUGCUAUGUAAGGCAUCUAUCCGAGCACUGCCCGCUCCAGCCCAUAUUUGGUCAGCAGAGGUCGGGCGGCCGCCACAGCAACUGGGAAGCGCUCGAUGCGCGUGUUGCCCUCAAUCGGCGCCUCGGUCGUGUAGAGAUAGAUGAGGCCAUAGGUCAGCAGCAGGUAGGCCACCAUGGUGUCGGUUGCCUUGGUGCCCUUGAGGAUGACGAGUCGCUCGCGGCCGUCAUCUCCCUGGCCUGGCUGCCAAUCCAUGUAGUCGAUGGUCUUGUGGCCGUCGAUGGGCUCCCUCAGCAGAGACAGAUAGCGAGUGGUGUCAAGGCCGGCAUAAGCAUACAGCACCCGCCUCCUCUCCAUCCCCUCUUGACGACACCAGUACCUCAGGACCAUCCACUUGACGAAUGCCGUGAAGGAUCGAAAGAGCCAGCCCAAGCAGCGGACGGGCGGGUCGGCGGCAUCGUAAAUGGAGCAGUAGGGAUGGGUGGGGGGCAGAUCGGUGAGGGGGACCGUCGUGAAUUUGGUAGAUCGGAUCCUGUAACGCUGUUCCGUCACACCACCAUCGCCCUGCUGUCCCCCCUGAUCGCUGCCCGCUGUGCCCUCUCCGGCACUCGCGUCGCCGCCCCCACCGCCAUCCUCAUUCAUCUCAUCGCCAUUGUCGCUGUCUCGGUCACUGCUGCCCUCAUCCUCAUCACUCUCCUGAUCGCUGUCGUGAUCUCCGUCCACCUGCCGCAGCUCUAAGCUGGUCCCUUGGUAGCUGAGCAUGUGGCCGAAUGUGCUGUAGAUGGCUAAUGCGGCCGGCAUCUGAUGAAAGUCGCUCUUGCUGGCCAUCAUGGUGGCCAUCCAGUCAGCCGACAGCCGCAGGGGCAGUGCCUUGAUGAGCUUGUAGAUGGCCGCCACACAAAUGAAGUCCGCCAUCUCCUGCCACACGUGACCUCCCUGCUCGACCACAUAGGCGCAUUUGCUGUAGUACUGGAAUGACGGCCGAUAGAUGUCGAUGAGGCCGCUGAGGUGGUUGCUGCCGAGCGAGCCGCCGAUGCGCUUGAGCAUGAAGGCCUCGUUGAUGAGUUGUGUGCCGUAGUGCGUGUUGGCUGCCCGCGCCGGGCUAAUGGCCACGUCGACAGGGAGGUAGCCCACCACACCGUCACAGAACACAUCGGGCGGCAGCCGGUUGGCCGUCACGUCAACGGCAUUGUCUGGUUGGUAGGGGGGAGGGGGCGGGGCGGCAGAGAUGUGGUGGGCCAUAGUCUGAAUGGCAGCCGAGAGGGUCGACACGCUCGACUUGACAGAUGACCACUCAUGGGCAAUGACGGACGCCUGAAGCCAUCACACAGAGGAUAAGGCGGGAUGUGUUGAGCCGCCCCUCUCACUGUGUCUGUGUGACUCACCUGGUCGUUGGUAAUGGACGGCAUUAUCAACGGGUCGGCGGCCGACUGCUGAAGGAGUGAGUGAAUGGCCGCAAGCCGACCACACACAUCGCCCGACCCGACACACACAGGGGGCGACGCCUGCACACACACGACGAACAGCGGCACACUCAGUGACACUCAGCCAUUGACGCAGUGGCGUGUGGUGCCACACUGCCUGCCUCACCGAUGCUGCCUGACUGUGCCCCUCCUGCUGCUGGUGGUGGUGGUGGUGAGCGGCUGUCCCAUUCAUCGCACCGACGCCUGUGCACCAAACACACACACAUGAUCGUCCGUUGUCUGUCUGUCUGUCUGUCUGUCUGUCAGCCGUGUGUGUGUGUGUGAGAUCUCACCAGCAUCCCCAGCGGCACGGCCGUCGACACGGUGGCGCUUCGCGUCACCUCCACCACAGUCAGCAGACGAAGACAUGUCUGCUGCGCACAGGCCUGUGACACAUAUAAAAAUGGGCAGCUGAUGAUUGCACGACAGUGAUGGUCCUCCCAUCUUGCGCACAUGCGUCAUUGCCGCCUCACCUCCUUGCGAUACGAUGCAAAUCCGACGCGAAGCAGCUGCAGGCACAGAGCUCGACACUCUGAGGAAGACGCGCACGACACUCAUCCAGCACACUCCCAGACUGAAAGGGCGCCUUUUGCAGCGCGCCUUGUCUUAAUGCUCACCUCUUGGUUCGGUCAGCCGAGGCUCUCGCAAAAUCACUCGGCUUUCUUCAUCGCUGAUUUGCAGAUGGCAUCCCGCAGCCUGCCAUGCCUCAUCCAGAGUGCGGGAACCCUUCUUCUUU